AUGAAUAAUAGCUCUGAACAUUCCUUAAGUCCUUUGCAGAUCUCAGAAAGUCUUUCUGAGGAGAAGAAAGAGAUUACUUGUAAUAUGUCUGUAGAGGGAAGCUCUAUCCUGAUAGCUGGACCUUCCCUUGAGAUUGAAAGGAAGGAUAAUUUUGUCAUCGGAGCUUUAUUAAUGUUUUCAGCAACAGUCCUGGUGACCAUUGCCCAUACUUCUGAAAAAUAUGUAUUCUUGGGCAAUCCGAAGGUCAAGUCAUCAGAUUUCUUGUUAUUCGUGGGUGUUUACAACCUCUUACUUAAUAUGAUACUAUGAAAGAUUUACAAAGUGGAUUUGAGUAUUAUCUCCUGAAGAAAACACAACUCUGAGGAUCAGAAGAAGAUACUGAAAGCCAGAUUUGCAUUAGCAGGUAGGGUUUUAUGAGGAACAAUGAAUGGUCUGGUCUCAGUUUAUGCCAUCAGCCAGCUCCCUUUAUCGAAAAGUGUUCUGAUAUUCAGUCUCAAUCCUAUUUGUUGAGCAAUACUUGGAUAUUUCUUAUUAAAAGAAAACAUUACAAAGACUACAAUACUAUGCAUACUAGGAGCUGUUAUUGGCAUUUAUGUUCUUACACUUAGUAAACAAGAAGAUGGAAGCAGUGGAACUCUAUCGGGAUAUAUUGCAGCUAUCAUAACAAUUUGGAUGACAGGAUCAGUUUUGGUCUUCUCAAGGUAUUUGAACUUGUAUGGGGCCCAUUACACCGUAAUUUGAAUGGUUCUAGGAUUAUCAAAUAUUCUUCAGACUGUAAUUAUAUCUUGUUUCUGUUCAAACUUCUUAAAUUUCAGUCACUACAGACUGAUUGAUCUAUUGAUUCUAAAUAUUCAUGGGAUGCUCUCUGCAGUGUGGAUUCCUCUGAUGUUCCUAGCUGCUAAAUAUGCUGAAGCUUCUUUCAUUUCUCCUAUUCUUAACAUCGAAAAUGUAUUCACCAUUUUAAUUGACAUGUUUGUCUUUGGUUAUACGUUUAUCAGCACAGACUUUAUUGGAAUGAGUAUAUUGGGCACGUGCAUAGUGAUUCCAAUACUCAAGAAUUAUUUUGGCAGGGAAUAG